CCAAGGCAGACAUUAAAAACAAAGGUUACAUUAAAUACCUCAAAUCCAAAAUCCCAAUUAUUGAGUGAAGCAAAAUGGAGUUCUUGACAGCCUCUUUACUGUGUUUCUUCCUCUUCUUGCUGACUUUGUUUGUUACAGGGACGAGACCCGACCGUUCAAGAAAGCUGCCAAGCGGUCCAACACCGUUACCUGUAAUCGGAAACUUGCUUGACCUCGGUGACAAACCUCAUAAGUCACUGGCCAAGCUUGCCUACAUUCAUGGCCCUAUUAUGAGUCUUAAGCUUGGUCAGAUAACAACCAUAGUCAUCUCUUCCGAAACUUUCUCCAAGGAAAUUCUACAAACUCAUGAUGUGCAUCUAGCUGAUCGGACUAUUGUUGACGCUGUCCAUGCUUGUGAUCACCAUGAAGCCGGCUUACCUUGGUUACCAAUUGGGCCGUUGUGGAGAAAACAGAGAAAAAUAUGCAACUCUUUCAUUUUUUCGAGUCAGAAACUUGACGCCAAUCAAAAUCUCCGGAGCAAGAAAAUCCAAGAACUCAUUGCUGAUGUUCAACAAUGUUGCUCUAGUGGUAAGGCAAUUAAUAUUGGUGAAGAAGCUUUCAAAACUACGCUUAAUGCAUUGUCUAAUACAAUUCUUUCACUCGAUUUGACCGAUUCGAGCUCGGAAAAAGUGCGCGAGUUUAAGGAGGUAGUGAGAUGCAUUAUGGAUGAGGCAGGAAAACCAAAUUUAUCAGAUUAUUUUCCGUUACUCAAAAAGAUUGAUCCGCAAGGUGUAAGGCGUAGGAUGACGAUCUAUUUCGGGAAAAUACUGGGUCUAAUUGACGGUCUGAUUGAUGAAAGAUUGAAGUUAAGGAAAAAUGAAGGGUAUGUCCCAGCAAAUGACACGCUAGAUACACUUCUUGACCUGAAUGAAGAUGACGGUAUAGAUGGAAAUUGCAUCAAACAUCUGUUUUUGGUUCUAUUUGUUGCCGGAACGGAUACAACUUCAAGCACAUUAGAAUGGGCGAUGGCAGAGUUGUUGCGCAACCCAAUGACCUUGUCGAAAGCUCAAGCUGAACUAGAGCAGACUAUUGGCAGAGGCAAACUGUUACAGGAAUCACACAUUAAUGAUUUACCUUAUCUUAAAGCAAUUGUCAAAGAAACUUUAAGAUUGCAUCCGGCGGUUCCUUUACUACUCCCUCGAAAAGCAAGAUCAGACGUAGAAACAACGAAUGGCUUCACAAUUCCGAAAGAUGCUCAAAUUCUGGUGAAUGUUUGGGCUAUAGGGAGAGAUCCCAAUCUAUGGGAAGAUUCAGAAACCUUCCGGCCAGAGAGAUUUUUGAAGUCGGAUAUUGAUGUUCAAGGUAGAAAUUUUGAACUCGUGCCAUUUGGCGCUGGACGAAGAAUUUGUCCUGGAUUACCAUUGGCUAUGAGAAUGUUGUACUUGAUGUUGGGAUCACUCAUUAAUUGCUUUGAUUGGAAACUUGAAGAUGGUGUUGAACUAGAGAGCAUGGAUAUGGAAGAUAAGUUUGGACUCUCUUUACAAAAGGCUAAACCUUUGCGAGCUAUACCUAGCUUAAGAAUGUGAGAUAUUACUCAUUUAUGCCAAUAAUUAUUUUGGCUAGUUCACAUCGAUGAACUGUACGGACAUGUGUUAGAUCAAGUAAUUUUACCUCUCUUCUCAAUAAAUUUUGACUAGUUGACGUUUUGCA